AAUAAUCACAACACAUUGAAUUGUGCUCCGAAAAAUUUAAUUUAUAUUUAGAUCAUAAUUUUAACCGCUAACUUAUAAUGAUUUUAUUGAAUUUGAGCGAAUUAUUAAUUAUAUUAUCUAAUCCUUAAUUAAUUUUCAAGUAUCGAAGUGAAAGUCAGUAAAAUUUUCAUAAUAGAUCAUCUUAACCUAUUAAAUUAUCAGUGAAGAGAAAUAUAUAACGUAUCAGAAUUUGAAUGACAAUCGCAAGCGAUGCCUGGAAAAAUAAAGGUCAAAAUAUUGGCAGGUAGAAACCUGCCAGUAAUGGAUCGAUCAGGAGAUACAACGGAUGCCUAUGUUGAAAUAAAAUUCGGUACUACGACAUAUAAGACUGAUGUAUGCAGAAAAACUCUUAAUCCCCAGUGGAACACAGAAUGGUAUAGAUUCGAAGUUGAUGAUGCUGAAUUACAAGAUGAACCAUUGCAAAUAAGACUCAUGGAUCAUGAUACUUAUUCUGCAAACGAUGCCAUUGGAAAAGUUUACCUUAAUUUAAAUCCUUUAUUAUUACCUGGAUUGCCUCUUACUGUUAAAAAUAUUUGGACAUUAGAAGCAAACAUGAACUCUAGCACCGGUGCUCAAGGAGGUUCAGUUAUGACUGGAUGGAUUCCAGUAUAUGACACAAUGCAUGGGAUUCGAGGAGAAGUGAAUAUAAUAGUUAAGGUUGAAUUGUUUUCAGACUUUAAUAAAUUUAGACAGUCAUCUUGUGGCGUGCAGUUUUUUUAUUCUCCAAAUGUACCACAUGGAUAUCAUGCACAAGUCAUACACGGUUUCGUAGAAGAGCUAAUAGUAAGCGAUGAUCCAGAGUAUAAAUGGAUUGAUAAAAUAAGAACUCCAAGAGCAUCAAACGAAGCACGACAAACCUUAUUUUUUAAAAUUAGCGGGGAAGUUCAGAGAAAGAUUGGUUUGAAGGCUAUGGAUCUUGGAGGAAAUGCUGUUAUUGGAUAUGUUCAGAAUUUUGACUUGGAAGGUGAAUCAGGCAUAGUUGCACGUGGAAUAGGAACUGCAGUAACGCUUAUAAAGCUUCAAGAUAUGACUACUUCACUAAUAGAAACCACGAAUAUCGAAGACCUCGCGUGUUACUCUUUUCAUUCUAAACAUCAGCUCGAGUGUUCAGAAAGUGAUGAUAGUCUGCCACUUCUUUCCCAAUCUCCUAAUUAUAGUCCUAUACUUCAUUCACCAACCAACAUUCAUAAAACUCAAAUUGGAAAUCGCUUUCCAAAAACUGAACGACAUCCUAUACGGUCAAAUUCUGUCCGAGUUACAGAAUAUCACACAAGCAAUUUGAAAAAGCAAAUGUCAUUACAAAACAGUCCAUCUAAUAUUAAGAAAACUGGGGCAUCAAGUUUAUCUUUGUCUGAUGAUUUAAUAACAGAAUCUUCUUUGAAAAUGAUGUUGGCCCUUGAAGACAUGCGUGGAGAACGAACUUCAGUUUUUACACGCAGUUUAAAAAAUCUUAAAUAUUUUCCAAAACGAGUUAUCCAAAUGAAAUCCAAAUUUUCUGAUUCUUUUGAUGAUGAAAGCGACCAAGACAGCACUUAUUCAAGUUCUUGGUCAAUUGUAGGAUCAGAUUCCACAAAAUCUUCUGUUUCAGAUUUACGGCAAAUUCGAAGAAAAAAGUUUACUCAUAAAAAAAAUUCAACAGAAAGUGGAGUCGCUUCAUUGAUUCGAUCAGUUCAUGCAGGAUUUCCUUUAGACAGCGUUCACGAAGAUCGAGAAACACCAACUCCGUCACCUGUUAAUUUAUUGAAUAAUCGCGGAGAAAAUGAAUCUUCUUCUAAGCUAUUCAAAAAUGAUGAAUCAAUAAAUAACGAUAGUCAAUAUAAGACUAUAAUUAAUUUAGACGAAGAUGUUGAUAAUAUAAUUGGAAUAGAAAAUAGAAUCCCUGAAGAGCCAGAAAUGGAAGAAGCAGAAGAAAAACUAGAAAAUGAUAGAAUAAAAAUAACAAAUGAACUUUUUACUGCUACAGAAAAGAAAUGUUUAGAGAGCAUAAAGUUUGACAAUAAUCUAAAUAUUCCAAUGAUGUCUUCAUCGGAAACGGAUACUUCAUCUUCUGAAGACGACGAUCCUUCUGAAUCAAGCACAAAUUACAAUAUCCUGCAUGAUUCUCUUAUCACCAAUCAUUCUGGUGACGAUAACAAUGAGGAUGUGAAAAAUAAUAUAUUAUCCAGUUUUAUUCUGAAGGAAAACUUAGAUGAAGUAAAGGAAAGAAUAGAAAAGAUUGAAGAAAAAAUUUCUGAAGCUGAGAAAAUUCACUUGAACUUGAGUUUAAUGGAUAUCGAAGGAGAUAAUUUUAUAAAUAAAUCUGAAAACUUUAGUAAGAGAUUUCAAAAAACAUCAUUACCGGAAAAUUUAAUUUUAGAUUCCGAUGAAAGCCCUGAUGAGAGUUUUACUCCUUUACUUCCAUCAGCACCUUCUAGUCCCGAAGACGAACAAACUUCUAUCGAAUAUUCGUUGCUCUCUAAUGUUAAUGAUCAAAUCAAUAAAUCUCAUGAUUCUGAUAAGCCUGAUGAAAUUGAUGCUCCUAUAGAGUCACGUUUAAAAUCAUCAUCAAGUUGUAAAUUGAAAUUUUUAGUCAAACAAGAAAGUAUUGAUCAGUCUGAUGAAUUUUUAUUUCCAGCAAUGAGUACUCCAAUUGAUGAACAAUGUGAUUUAUUAUUAAAAUCUGAACUUGAAGCUAUUCUACCAGUCCCUGAUUUUUUUGCUUCAGCAGAGCCUUACAUGGAGCCUUUAUUUAAACCAUUAAUUGAUUUUAAUUCAGAUCCUGAACAAUUAAAUUCUAUCUUGGGAGUUGAAGUUCGAGAAAUAAUAAUAAAAGAUACUUCCAAUGAAACCAGUAAUGAAGAUUUUAUCGAUAAAGCGAACGUUUUAAUUAAUGAAGCAAAAAUCAUUGAUAAAGAAAGUGAUCAACUUGAAAGCAUUGUUAUACAUCAAAUACCAAUUCCCAAUGAAGCAAAAAUUGAUGAAAAAACUGAAAAGAGCUUAAGAGAAAAUAUGCCUAAUGAAGAACUCUCGGUUGUUAAUUUUAAAGAUAAUAAAACAACUGAAAGUGAUUUGAAAAAUAAUGUUUUUGUCCAAGAAACAACAUGUAUUAAUUUUGAAAAAGAAAUGAAAUUUCAAGAUAUCCAGUUAACUAAUUAUGAAAAAAUAAAAAGAGAUGAUAAAGAAAAUUUUCCAACUGAAAGAAUGACUUCAAAUAAUCAAAAUGAAGACAAAGUCGAAAACCAAGUUGAUACAAAUAUUCCGGAUAGAAAAAAAUUAGAAAAUACUGAAGACCUUGAUACUAAAGCUAUAAAUACUGAUAUAUUCAAAGAAGUACCCGAUAAAAUUAAAAUUGAUCAAGCACUACCUGCUAAAGUGCUAAAAGAAAAAAGUAGUCACAUAAAACAAUUAGCAAAUAAAGUAGAUAAUUGUAUAAUUCAAUCAGAGAUAUUGACUACUCAGGAACCUUUUGUCCCAUAUAAAAAAUAUUUAUUCCAUUCAGGGUCAUUGGAAUCAUCAAAAAGUUCAAGUGAGAAAAAAGAGAAAAUAUCGAAAAAAGUUACGAGAACAGAAACGGUUAUUUAUAGAGGACCUUUAAAAAAACAGAAUACUCUCCAAUUAAUGGACCAUAAAGAAGAUGAUAAAUUUUUAAAAUCAAUUCAACCUACACCUAAAAUUUCAAACACUUCAUCGACAGCGCCAGCGAUUGUUGUAGCUCCUCCUGCAGAGCCAGAUUGUUAUUUACGAGUCCCUAUGGCUGACACAAAGGAUAUUAAAGUCCACAGUCCACAUCCUAAAGGUAGUUCACCACCUCCUACAAUUGAAAAUACUCUAACUCAAGAAGUUUUUGUGGAUCCUCAAUUAAUUAGUGAGCGAUUUCAACGUAAAUUUCGACAGCAUUGUAUGCUCGAUUUAAUGAAAACAAUUGAUACAAAGCUGAUGGUUCAUAGCCCUCACUUUAGAAAAGAUUCGACAAGAAGUAAAAAAAGACGUCGUGAUAAAUCAGUUAUCAGCACGACUCCAUCUCCAGAUUCUAUUAGAAAAGUUAGAUUACACCGAAGAAAUUCUAGAUCAAAAUCUCCAGAAAAGCACCACCAUCAUCACCACCAUCACCAUCAUCAUCAUAGUCAUCAAAAUAUUAAUCAUGCCUCCUCUCAUGCAUCAAUUCCACCAGUACCAAGUUCUUCAUCAUUAUCUUUGAAAAAGAAUGCAUCUUCUUGUGAUAUCCCACUAGAAAAUGUACCUAAAAGCAAUCCUACCUGCUUCACUGAUCCUCAACCUUCAAAUUUAAAAGACAAAAUAAUUCCUAUAGCAAUUAUUGAAGACUUAGAUGAAUCUAAAGACCGAGCAACUGCUAUAAAACAACUAGCUGUAAAUAAUAAUUUAGAAAUAAAUAAUAAAGAUGAAGCUAAUAAUAAUUCGAUAGCAAUGGAUGUUAUAAAACCAUUAAUUAAUGCAGAAAAUUUACUAAAUCCUACUGAAAUUGAUCCUGCAGUUCAUAAAAGUCAUAGUGAAGGUAGUUUAGGUAAAUUAAAAAAUCAAUUGCCAAUAACUAAAACUACUAACAUUGCUAAUUUGAAUGACCCGUGUGUGCCUUGCCCGCCUUUCUGCCCUAGACAACAAAAUGAUCAGCCCACAAGUCCAGUACACCCAGCAUCUGCUCUUCCUGCAUCAGUUGGGGCUAAAGUUAACAACUCACCAGCCUCUAAAGCUCCUUUACACAGAAGAUCUAGUGAUUCUGAUUUAAGCAUCACUCCGAAAGGAUUUUGUAAAUUCUUUCAUAAACGCAAUUCAUUAGCUGGAAGUGACAGAUCAAUGGGAACACACUUGAAACCAUCAGCUGCAAUUGUACGAACGAUGAAUCAAGAUGCUUUAGAAAUGCUCGAAUAUCCUUUCAUAACUAUUCAACACUACCCACCAGGCUUUGUAUUGAAUUUAGGAGGUUUAGUUAGUGCUAGAUCAGUAAAAUUAAUAGAAAGGAUAAGCAAUCUAGAAGAGCCAGAAAGUCGAGAUGCCUGGUGGACUGAAAUUAGAAUGGAAGUGAGAUCUCAUGCUCGAGCAUUAGGUUGUAAUGUUGUCUUAGGCUACAAAGAAGAAAUAAGUAUAUGUGAUGAUGUAUGUGUUCUCAAUGCCUCUGGAACUGCCGCUGUAAUAAAUCUGCUCAACUCAAAUCAAGAUCAAGAUAUUUUGCUCAAUAAAAAUCAGCAAGCAGCAAUAAUUAGCUCAACAGAAGCAGAUAAAAAUCAACAAAAAUCAAUAAAUAAUAAGAAUAACAAUGAAAAAGAUGAAGUGCCAAUAUCAGGACAAACCAAUAUGUUAACCGGAAAAAUUAAACGUAUUUCUGAAAGUAAUGAUCACGAAAUACCAAAUAUUCCAUUCAAUAAUGCAUGCAAUUUAUGUCAUUUACCAUAUAAUGAAGCCAGUGUACCGUUUAAAGUGGACGUAUCAAAAUGUGCCAUUUGUAAACGAGCUAAAGUUCCUGACGUUUUAUUUACAACUAUCGAAUUGCCUGAUAAUAUUCCGAUUACAGGAAGAGGAGUAUUCAUUCAAGCAACAGUUUGUAAAUGCAAACGAGAUUUACGCGGUGAAUUGAAUGCUAAAGAAAUUUCAGACUGUCUACCAUUUUUAGAAUACGAACUGCAUAGUUUAUUGCUUAAUAAGCUCAAAGUUAAAGGAAUGAAUGCUAUAUUUGGUUUGAAAGUUCAAAUUUCAAUAGGAGAAAGACUUAUUGUGGGUAUGGCUGUUGGAACUGCAGUAUUUUUAACAGCAUUACCAAGUCCUUCAAUCCCACAAAUUGCUUCAGGAAAUUCUUGGCAUAAAGAAGAUCAAUUAGCUGAAAUGCAAAAAGCUUUGAUAGAAACUGUUAAAAAAAAUCGAGAAUUAUAUAGAUUGAAGCCAAUAACUGAAAUUGAAAAUGGCCGUAAUGUUGCAACAUCAGAUACUGAUGAAUCAGAUGAUGAUUUGCCUGAUCUUGAUUUAGGAUUGGGUACAAAAGAUGCAUGUAUCCUUGAAGUAGACGAUAUUGAAGACAUUGAUCGUAUAAAUCUUCUAAUGGAUGAAAGACCACCUGAAGAUUUCCAUGUUGUUAAUACUCAAACAAUACCUGGUUUAGAUGAUCUGGAAAUUGUGAGAAAUUUACAAAUGUUUACGCAAAUAUCAAGAACGAAAAUACCUGCAGGACAGUAUUCUUCAAUGCCUUCUAAAUAUUUUGCUCGAUUACUUCAGACUGUUUUCUUUAAAUUGAGACGGAUGAUUCCUUGCGCUCUUUGUGAUAUGCAAUUUAAAGUUGCACUUCCUGAACAAGAUGAAAUACAAUUAUCAGUUGUUGGAAUGGCACUUGGAUUAGGAGAGCCUUCAAAAAUUAGUAAAUAUAAACGAAAGGGCAUCAAUAAUUCUACGAGUAGAGAUAUACUGAAGAAAAAUGACGAUAAUGAUUUGAUAUUCAAUUUGGAUGAAGAUCAAGCGGAAAAUUCAAGUGCAUUGGAAACAAUAAAUCAGUCGCAUACAUCCAUACCAAAUUCUUCACCAGUUGCGAAUCAAACACAUAAGUCAAGACCCCGAUCACCAUUCAAAACAAAGUCACAUGGGCAGCAUAAGCACAAACAUGUUCCUCUGAAAGAACGAUAUGGUGUUGAUAUAACUCCUUUGUCUUAUCUUCCGGGUGGAAGAAUUGAACGAUACUUAGGAAAUUUGAACUUCUUCUUUAUCAGGGAAAGUACAUCGAUUAGAGAGAAUGGAGGACUAAGUGGUUUCACUCACAGCUUUAUAACAGAAGUUUUGGCUAUUGUUCGAGCUCAUAUAACAGCAUUGGGAGGAAAUGCCAUGGUUGCCUUUUUUAUGACGCAAUGCGUUCUUCUUCACAGCCCACAUAAAAAUCAGGGUCAAUGUCUUAUUAAUGUUGGUGGCGAUGUGGUAUCAGUUUCAUACUUUGGCGACGAGAGACACAAUCAGAAUUGCUGACAAAACCCACCAUACUCGGCUCCACCAUAAGUUGGAAUGACCGAGGUAUUAUUGUCGAUCAUCAUAGAUGAGUUUCACUUUACUCUUUCUCUCUAUAUACUUACUUAAACUCACAAAGGUAUUGGAAUAAUAAAUUAUCGCUGGAAACUUAAAUAAAAAGAAGGUCUCUAGAACGAACAAUUAUUGAUAAAAUACUGUCACAAAUAUAAUGAGAAUGACAAUAUAGUUUAGGUUGUAAAAUAAACAAAUUGGUAUACAUAUAUAAAAAAAAAAAAAAAAAAAAAUAA